CGAAUUCCGGCAAACACUUGUCAAAUAUGGCCGAUGCCGGUAGACUGACGAUGAAUGUGUGGCAAAUGUUAUUUGUCGUUUUACUUUUAUUUUCCGUGACAUAUUGCAAGAAAUCUUCAAGAUCAGGCGGUGCCUAUAAGCAAGUAAAAAUAGAAAUAGAUCUUGGUCCUGAUGGAGCAGAAGCAAGGAGAUUUACUGCAGCUGAGCUUCGAGGAUAUGACGGGAGAGAUUCAAGCAAGCAUCUUUUGAUGGCGGUGCGAGGUGUUGUGUUUGAUGUGUCAGAAGGAAAAGAUUUUUAUGGACCAGGAGCAGGUUACCAUGCCCUUGCUGGCCGUGACGCUAGUCGAGCUAUAGCCCUGUGGUCACUAGAGGAGAAGGACAUGGUCCAUGAUCUGAGUGGGCUGAGUGACGAUUCCCUGAAGGGUUUGGAUGAUGUAUUCAUUGGUACCUACAAAAAGAAGUACCCUGUUAUUGGGUACAUGGACUACCUUAUAGAUGCAUACACUGAAAAAACAUUUGAAGACAGGUUCAAAGAGGAUUUAUAAACUCUCAAAAUUACAACUUCAUUAUACUAUGCAAUUUUGUAAAGUCUAAUUUUUACAGGACUAACUUGUUAUGCCUUAAUUUAUACAUAUUUUCGAUAUAUUUCAGAUGCAUGUACCAUAUUUUUAACAAGAUAUUAUUUAAUUAAAAAUAACAAUCUGGUUUUGGUUGUGGAAUGAUAUUAAGUAGGUACAGAGUGUAAUGAUUUAUUAAGUGAUUUUAGGAACAGUCGGUUCUAUUUUAUGCAAUUAGGAAAGAAGUGUACAUCAUGUUUAAUACGUAAAAUACUAAUAUCUCCUAUAGAGUUGUAUGUUCGACAUAUGGGAUUGAUGCUAUAAGUGGAGUAGAACUGUAUGAAUUGUGUUUUUUUUUAUGUAUUUUAUAUUCUAUAUAUAGAGGAAGUAAUUGUUGUGAUAUUGUACAUAAUGACGUCCUAUCCUUCCAUUUGUAUAAAUGAUCAUGAUGACAAAUCAAAGCAAACAAAGCAACUUCGGGAGACUAGCUCAACACAGGUCACAACUUUCCUCAUUUUACUAUCCAAAAUGUAACUGAUAAUUAGCUUUCAAAAUAAGAAAAUAAUUAAGAAUUGAUCUUAAAGACAUUUACUUUUUUUUAAUUACUUCAAAUAUGAUCCGACAUAGAAAAAGCAAGAGAGAGCAUUUCUUAUUAUAUGACAGUACUUUACUUUGUUUUGGAUGGGGGAGGGGGUUGUAUUUGAAAUGAACAUUGACGAGUCUUAAUGUGUCAUAACAAAAUAAUGCAUAUCUACUUAAUCUUCAUUAAAUCACAUUAUGUUUUCAGGAUUUACUUCAAAUUUACAUAAUCAAGAUAUUUGUAUGGUGUUAGUGAAGUGGUUAUGUACAAAAUGGUUACAAGUUGUAUUUUGUAAAUGGUGCUGGCUCGUUGAAGUUAAACUAUGUGAAUGGUGCUGACCUAUUUGUAAAGAUUUGUUACUGCAUUCCGUUAAAAUAUUGUGAUAAAAGAUUUAACAUUGAACCAAUUAUUCUCAAGUAUAAAUCAAACAUUGCUAAAACCAAUGUGAAUAAGUCAUGUAGUUGCUUUUACCAGUGUGCAGUCACCUUGACCUUGAAUCUCACUUUCCAGGUUUUAUUUAAUUGGCAUUGGUACAUGUGUAUUAAUCUUUUCUAUCUUCAUUUGAAGCGAUGUUUUCAUUUGUGAAAAGGCAGAUACUUCUGUGAUGGUUACUUUUUCAAUACUUUUAAUAUUGGAGUUUGGGGAGAGAAUUUUUCCAUUUCAAAAUAUUUAAACUUUGUUAAACAUAAUGAAUUGUACAUAUGUAUAAACUCGCCCUUUAAUAAGCCCAUGCCUGGUUAUAAGCCCACCUAUGCAAUGCAGUUCAUUAGAAAUGCAAACAAGUAUUAUUUCAUUGUCCUGUAAUAAGCCUACCCCCUACUUUGAGUCAGAGAUUAUCAUUAUGUGUUGCCCCCCUGGGCUUAUUGCAGGAUUAACAAAAUACAUCUUCAAUAUAUCAGGUGCUUUAAGGAUAACUGCCCAAUCUUAUACUUGUUGUUUUGUACCUUUAAACUUUGACCUUCAAUGAUCUUGAUCACAUGUACAUCGCACACAAUUUUUUUUUUUUGCUCAGUGUUUGCAUUUAUAGAGAACUCAUAUAAACUCUUUGACUAAUUUGUAUUUUUACACACGGUUUUUUACAAUGGUGACGUACCUGCUAGAAGGGGUAUAAUAUUAAUUACUCUAUCAUUUUUCUACUUUUACCUAUUUUGUUGAUCAGUAUUUGUAAAUGAAAUUUGUCACCAAAUGUCAAAAAGGAUAGCUAUGAUUUUUUUCUUUUACCAUUCCAUGGAGAUUUAUUGCAGGUUUCAGCAGUUGAUAUAUAUAUUGUUAAAUAUAAUACCAUGUUAAGUUUUUCGUAUACAGCUGGAAUUUUUCGGUCCAUUAUAUCAGCGAGUGAGUAUACAGUGGUAUCUCCCUAGACUCGGAUGUAAACUCGUCAGGAACAAAAAAAAUAUUGAGUUGCAACCGACUCCUGUCACUGUGUAGUGAAAUCAUGGUUGAGAAUCAGAUGGUCUAUUUAAGUAUCGGGCAAAUCAGGUAAAAACUUUCCUCAGAGUUAUAUCCAAAAUUGUCAUAUUUUUUCCUAUUUACCUAUAAAAUGUCACACUUCUCUCAGUUUUCAUUGUAAUGUGUAUUAAAACUUUACAAAAUCUUAUUUCAAAGAAGUAUAUAGAUCACAGUAUAAACAGGGUAAAAACAUAUCAAAAGUGUUCAAGGAUUUGUAAGGCAAAUAAAAAGGAUUAAAUGAGGUAUAAACCUCAUCUGGUAUUAAAGUCUAAUAGAUUUGUUUUUACCAUAAAUAUUUGACUUUGUUCGAAUAACAAUGACUUAUAUAGAGAAACAACAUAGUCAGGGGGCCUGUUCAAGAUAUCCAGGGUAUUUCAGUACUCUGGUUUUAACAGAGAAAACAUUUAUACAAUGUUUUACCUGAUGCUGUGGUUUAUUAUUGUUUUCUAUCGAAAUAACAGAAUAUGUCAAUAUGCAAACAUGAUUUUUGAAACAAACACCCAGUUUAGUUGACAUUCAUGUUUAUUUACUAAAACUGUCCCUGACUAAGAGAGAUACCACUGUACUUCUGUAUUUACAAUGUAGCGCAAUAUAAGUCAGUUUUAUUUGUCCGUCAGAAACUAAACUUGUUACAUAUGAUAGUUUUUAUGUUGGCCAUGGUACUCAAUAAAUUUUAAUAAUGAU